GACUAGUUUUAAGGCUGUAGACUUUAUCACCCAGAUGCCCACACCCUCAUUCCUCCCUUUGAUUGCACUAUGAUCACUGAAAGAGAAGGCUAGUGCAAACGGAUGCCCUUCACGGUGGUCCAACCAUCAACAUCCUGCAGAGCGGCACCUCUAUCUUCGCAGAUCAUCUGGUUAUAUUUAUCAUCGCCAUCGACACGUGGGUGAGCCAUUGAGUAUUUGAAAAUCUGAAGACUGAAGUUUCAAAAUCAACAGAUGAAGGGCUUAUGCCCGAAACAUUGACUCUCCUGCUCCUCGGAUGCUGCCUGACCUGCUGUUUUGCCAGCGCCACAUUUUUUGACUGACUCUCCAGCGUCUGCAGUCCUCACUUUGAUGUCAAUGUCUGACAGUCACUCAAUCCAUUGGGACCACAACAAUUUUUGACUGUGAUUUCGGUGAGAGGGAUCAACACUUUUUGGAUUCCAGUUUGAGGACAUUUUCAGCAUCAGGUGGGACUGGAUGAGAGACCCCACAGUUGCAGCGCACUGUGUGUGGAGCCUGAAAGAGUUAUACCGCCUGGGAAGGGGAUUUCACGGCAGGGCUCUACACAUGUUUGUGUGCAGCUGAAGUUGUGGCCAUGGAGAAACCCGAGGAAUCCCGCCCCGUGGAGAAACCGUGGAAGUGUGGCGACUGUGGGAAAGGCUUCCGUUUCCCGUCUGCCCUGGAGACUCAUCGGCGCAGUCACACCGGGGAGAGGCCGUUCCCCUGCACUGACUGCGGGAAGACCUUCAGAGAUUACUCCCACCUGCUGAGGCACCAGCGGAGCCACACGGGGGACAAACCCAUCAGCUGCCCAGACUGUGGGAAGGCCUUCAUAUUUUUCUCUGCCAUGUUGGUCCACCAGCGGGUCCACACGGGAGAGAGGCCAUUCAGCUGCCCUGAGUGUGGGAAGGCCUUCAGCAAUUCCUACAACCUGCAGAGCCACCAGCGGGUCCACAUGGGGGAGAGGCCCUUUACCUGCUCUCUGUGCGGGAAGGCCUUCAGCAGUUCCUCCUCCCUGCUGAGGCACCAGCUGGUCCACACCGGGGAGAGACCGUACACCUGCCCUCAGUGCGGGAAGGGAUUCACCUGCUCCUCCAACCUGCUGACCCACCAGCGGAUCCACAGGGGGGAGAGGCCCUUCAGCUGCCCAGAGUGUGGGAAGGCCUUUACCCAAAUCUCUGCCUUGCGGAGCCACCAGCGGAUCCACUCCGGGGAGAGGCCCUUCAGCUGCCCCGUAUGCGGGAAGGGCUUCAAUCGCUCCUCCUCCCUGCGGAGCCACCAGCGGAUCCAUACAGGGGAGAGGCCCUUCAGCUGCCCCGAGUGUGGGAAGGCCUUUACCCACGUCUCUGCCUUGCGGAGCCACCAGCGUGUCCACACGGGGGAGAGGCCCUUCACUUGCCCCGAGUGCGGGAAGGCCUUCAGCAGUUCCUCCACGCUGCUGACCCACCAGCAUGUCCACACAGGGGAGAGACCGUACACCUGCCCUCAGUGCGGGAAGGGCUUCAACUGCUACUCCACCGUGCGGAGACACCAGCGGAUCCACACAGGGGAGAGACCGUACACCUGCCCUCAGUGUGGGAAGGGCUUCAGCACAUCUUCCUCCCUGCUGAGGCACCAGCGGAUCCACACCGGGGAGAGGCCGUUCAUCUGCUCUCAGUGCGGGAAGGGCUUCACCUACUCCUCCCAACUGCAGAAGCACCAGCGAGUUCACGUGCCAUCGCAGGGGGAUUGAAGGAGUGACGGCCGAGUCCCAUUAUCGAUUGGAAUAUCAACCCGGUUCCGGGGACUCCCGGGUUCGAAUCCCGCCAUGACAGAUGGCAGAAUUGGUAUUCGGUCAGAAAUGUGGAAUUCGGAAUCUAACGAUGAGACCAUUUCAGGGAGGGGGUGGUGUGGGGGAGAAAACCCCCAUCUGAUUCCCUCUCUCCCUUGUUAGGGAAGGGAACUGCCAUUGUGGGAAAGGAUACACUCAGUCGUCCCAGCUGCAUCCUUUACCCGGUCUUGCCUACACGUGACUCCAGACCCACAGCAGUCUGGUUGACUCUACGCUGCUCAUCCAACUUACUUGGAUACAGGUUGAAAUUGCUGAGUGAGGCAAUACUCCCUCCAGGUUAAGGCUCCAAUUACAAAGGGACAACUCAGUGGUGACCAAUAAUGAAGUAAGUGAGGGGUUGCACUUUGACCUUGAGCUGUUUUUAAAAAAAAUGCUACUUUUUCUACGCCUUUCUGCUGGGAGAUUCUGAAGCUGUAACAAAGUUGGGUCACAAUAAAGAUUACCUGAACUUCA